CGAGCACUCGUCCAUUUGAAGGGGCGUCGCUGGGGUUCUUAAAGGGUGCUUUGGUGGUGAGAUUGUCAUUCAGGAGAUAAGACAUCAUGUCUGACGCGGUGAUCAGCUUCUUGAAGGAUUUCUUGGCCGGUGGUGUGGCCGCUGCCAUCUCCAAGACAGCUGUGGCCCCCAUUGAAAGAGUCAAGCUGUUAUUGCAGGUCCAGCAUGCCAGCAAACAGAUCACAGCUGAAAAACAGUACAAAGGCAUCAUCGACUGCGUAGUGAGAAUUCCCAAAGAGCAGGGAUUCCUGUCUUUCUGGAGAGGCAACCUCGCCAACGUCAUCAGAUACUUCCCCACACAAGCCCUCAACUUUGCCUUCAAGGACAAGUACAAGAAGAUCUUCCUUGGAGGAGUGGACCAGAAGACCCAGUUCUGGCGUUACUUUGCCGGUAACCUUGCCUCUGGCGGUGCUGCCGGUGCCACCUCUCUGUGCUUCGUCUACCCUCUCGACUUCGCCAGAACAAGGCUUGCUGCUGAUAUCGGCAAAGGCGCGGCGGAGAGAGAGUUCACCGGUCUCGGGAACUGCAUUGCCAAGAUCUUCAAGUCUGAUGGUAUUAGGGGUCUCUACCUUGGCUUCAACGUGUCUGUCCAGGGCAUUAUUAUCUACAGAGCUGCUUACUUCGGUGUCUAUGAUACAGCUAAAGGUAUGCUCCCAGACCCCAAGAAUACACACAUUGUCAUCAGCUGGAUGAUUGCCCAGACUGUCACAGCUGUUGCCGGUAUCAUUUCAUAUCCCUUCGACACUGUCAGACGUCGUAUGAUGAUGCAGUCUGGACGCAAAGGAGCUGACAUUAUGUACAAGGGCACAGUCGACUGUUGGAAAAAGAUCACCAAGGAUGAGGGACCCAAAGCUUUCUUCAAGGGUGCCUGGUCUAACGUGCUCAGAGGCAUGGGUGGCGCCUUUGUGCUGGUCCUGUACGAUGAGAUCAAGAAGUUCACAUAAACAUUCUCCAUUCAUCUUGUCCAUCCCACCAAAGGAAACCCUGAGCGCUGUGUAUGUCUUAAUUGUGUAGAGUGUUAACAACCAGGGAGAAGUAGGGGAAGUGUACUUAGCCAGGCUGGCCCAGGGGUGGACUGAGAUCAGGUGAUCGUAGGUGGCCACUGACUGCACCCUCCACCCCAACACUUGUAAAUAUAUUUAAGUCUACCUGCUGCCCCUCAGUUUUAAAUGACUUUCAGUCUGGUCAGGUUGAAAGUGAUUAUUUUUUUUCUCAUUUAUUUAUUUGAAUCAAUCCAUAAUGUUCUACAGUGGCUCCUCUCUUCUGUAGCUAGCUGAACACAUUUAUUGCCGGACUGAAGUAAGUGGCUGUACACUGGAAAGCUGACUGUUCUUGUGGUGUAUUCCACCUUAUGUGUUCUUUUAAUAAGAAUAAAGCUGAAAAUACAACUUC